AUGGAGAAAGCCAAGGUACCCUCCCUCCUAACGGCACUGAAAUGCCAGAAGGACUGGUGCUAUUCGAAUAGUCUGUUCAGUAUCAAGACUGAGAAAGUGGUUGAAAUUCAGAAUGUCUGGUAUGGGACUCUCAAGUGGGUCAUUUCAGUGGCUAUCAUCGUCUACAUUGGCUUUGGUUUGUUGAGUGAGAAAAUGUAUCAACGCAAGGAUCCCCUUAUCAGUUCUGUGCACACCAAAGUUAAAGGUGUAGCAGAAGUAACCAUAGGGAAUAAGACCAGAGUGUUGGACAUCGCAGACUACACCUUUCCCUCGCAGGGAAACUCAUUCUUUGUGAUUACUAACUUUCUAACCACCGAAGGCCAGACGCAGGGAAUUUGUCCUGAGUAUCCCACCAACUGGACUUGCUGUUCUUCUGAUCAGGACUGCCAGAAGGGGAGGACAGGCCUGCUGAGCAAAGGAGUUCAAACAGGAAAAUGUAGAAAAUACAAUUUGACCAGUGACAACCCAAAGAUCCGAGCUCUCCCCAAUACCUGCAAGCACCAAAAGACCUGUGAAGUCUCCGCCUGGUGUCCUAUAGAGGCAAAGAGGGAAACUCCUCGGCCGGCACUCCUGGCAAGUGCUGAAAACUUCACGGUGCUCAUAAAGAACAGCAUUCACUUCCCAAGCCACAACUAUAGCACAAGAAAUAUCCUGCCAGGAAUGGACAUGUACUGUACAUUUGACAAGAAACACAAGCCCGACUGUCCAAUUUUCCGCCUAGGAGAUAUCUUACGAGAAACAGGGGCAAAUUUUUCAUCUGUGGCCAUCCAUGGUGGAAUUGUGGGCAUUGAGAUCCACUGGGACUGCAACCUGGACCCCUGGUUCCAUUCCUGCAGCCCCAAAUAUAGUUUCCAUCGCCUGGACGACAAGAUGACCAAGAAGGCUUUGCGACUGGAGAGUGAAUGGCUGGCUUCAGUUUUAUCAGGAUCUUUCAGAUACGCCAAAUACUACAAGGAAGAGGGUAUAGAGAAAAGGACUCUCAUCAAAGCUUUUGGAAUCCGAUUUGACAUUCUGGUUUUUGGCACAGGAGGAAAAUUUGACAUCAUCCAGCUGAUCAUGUACAUUGGCUCCUCUCUGUCCUACUUUGGUCUGGCCACGGUGUUUAUUGACUUUCUUAUUCAGAUGUACACAAAGAACUGCUGUGGAUCCUGGUUUUAUCCCUGUUGUAAGAUCUGUGAGCCCUGUUCUGUCAAUGAAUACUAUUACCAAAAGAAGUAUGAGACCAUUGUGGAGCCAAAAUCGUCAGUAAAGUAUGUUUCCUUUGUGGAUGAGCCAAACAUUAGGAUGGUGGACCAAGAGUCACUAAGCAGCAGUUUACAAUAUACGGAGGGUAAAGAAAUUCCAAGACCUCAAAGGGAUUUCAUAGACUUGAUCAAGCUGUUCCCACCACCACACUCUGAUACCAGUCCCAGUCCUACACAACCAGAAGAAAUGCAGCUCCUUAGAGAAAAGCCAAGACUUCCUUCCCAGGAAAGGCCUGAGUGGUGCUGCUGUGGACACUGCCACCCAUCUCAGCUCCCAGAAAGUAGCAAGUACCUGGAGGAGCUCUGCUGCCGCAGGAAGGGGGGUCCCUGCAUCACUACCUCAGCCCUAUUUGGGGAGCUGAUCCUCUCCAGGGCCACACUGCGCUUCAUCUUGCUCUACCAAGAGCCCCUGCUGGAGAUGGAUGCUGAUUCCCUGAAUAACCAGCUCCGGCGCUGUGCCUACGAGCGCUACAUCGACUGGCGCUUUGGUUCUGAGAUCAUGGACAACCUCGCCAUCUUGCCCAGCUGCUGCCGGUGGAAGAUCCGAGAGCACUUUCCCAAGCAGAAUGGGUUGUACACUGGCUUCAGGAAUUCUAAAAGACACAUCUGGAAAGGCAGAGCUAGCCUUCGUUCUUCUGAUGAUUCGCCCAUCUAA